AGGGCGCAGCAGCCCUACCGAGCAGGGACUGCGGGAGGCCGGAGGGUGGGAAAGCGGCCGGCGGCGGAGGGCGGCGCCGAAGGAGGGCGGCGCGCGGUGACUCAUCCCUCUGGAAGAUCAGACACGCUCGCUGAGCCCGCCCGCCCGCGCCGCCGCUCCUCAACCGGGAGGCGCCCGCCCGCUCGCACCGCCCUCCCCGCUCCGAGCUCCCGGCCCGGCUGCCGCACAGAAAGUUUUUCCGGGCUCAGGGCCUGCGGGAAGCGGGGCUGGCACGGCAGGGGAGGCGAUCGCCGUGCGGGCCCUCCGAGUGCAUGGUGCCCGGUGCCCGGGCCGUGCGUCUGGAGGAGCCGGGGCGGGGCGGGGCUGAGCCCAGCUCCUGAGCCUCUGUCCAGCUGCGUCCGAAGCCAGGGACUGUCGCGGGGGUCGCGCUCCAACGCCAUGUCCCGGCUGCUGCCGCUGCUGGGGAGCCGGACGGUGCGCAGCCUGAGGCCGGGCCCUGCCGCCGCGCCCCGCCCGCCGUCCUGGUGCGGCUGUGGCCGGGGACUGCUGGCGCUCGGGGUCCCCGGCGGUCCCCGGCUCCUGGGCACCCACCCCAAGAAGGAGCCCAUGGAGGCGCUGAACACUGCGCAAGGCGCGCGCGAUUUCAUCUACAGUCUGCACUCCACCGAGAGGAGCUGCUUGCUCAAAGAGCUGCACCGCUUCGAGUCCAUUGCCAUCGCCCAAGCAUGCAGAUUUCCCAAACCCGAGAUGGUCAUUGUGAAGCAUGCGAAGGAGGUAUCGUCAGCAGAGACCCCUGACAGUUUUGAGAAAUUGGAAGCUCAACCACCCACUCCAGGACAGCUGAGAUAUGUAUUCUUCCACAAUGCGAUACCUUUCAUAGGGUUUGGCUUUUUGGAUAAUGCAAUUAUGAUUGUUGCGGGAACCCAGAUCGAAUUGUCUAUUGGAAUUAUUUUGGGAAUUUCAACAAUGGCAGCUGCUGCUUUGGGAAAUCUUGUUUCAGAUUUAGCUGGACUUGGCCUUGCAGGUUAUGUUGAGGCCUUGGCUUCCAGGUUAGGCCUAUCAAUUCCUGAUCUCACACCAAAGCAAGUUGACAUGUGGCAGACGCGUGUUAGCACACAUCUGGGCAAGGCUGUUGGGGUGACUAUUGGCUGCAUUCUAGGAAUGUUCCCUUUGUUUUUCUUUGGAGGAGGCGAAGAAGACGAAAAACUGGAAACGACAAAUUAAUCACCUUAGAAUCCCUAUAAAAAGAUGUAAACUAAUGUACCUCAGUCAUUAACAAAUACUGUCACGGCAUUUAGUGACGAGGACAGUGACAGUGCAUAGGCUCGGGAUCAAGUACUUCAGCAUGUAUUGUGGAAACACUAACUUAUUGUGGCUUGGUCUUCUUAAGAUAUCUUUUAAAAAACCAUUUAGUAUAUCAUUUUAUGUAAAUCGCUGAGAUGCUUUUCAUCAAUGGCAGUCAACAUGUUAUCUUUUUCCUUCUCUCUAUGUAUCAACAUAUUAUUUAACUUUUAGUCAUUGAUACUGUACUGUACUGACUUGGGAUUUGCUUAUUUGUUAUGUAACAUGUACAUGCAUGGAAAUACCUAUUUAUGUUUUUUUUUCUUGAUGAUUAUAAUCCAAAGCUAGGGUUUCUCCAAAUUAUGUAAGAUGUUUAACAUCAGUUAAAUUUUGACUCCCUGCCUGGAGGCGUCACUUCUGUGCUGUUUCACAGUAAACAUUAACAAUCAUGUACUUUCACUCAUUUCUGAAGCUUUCGCAUCUGUUCAAAGUGAAUACAGACUUUAGGUGUUUUAAGUAUAUCCAGUUCUUUUAAUUUUGAACCACAUUGUCUUAAGGGCCAGAGGCCAAUCGGAAAGAUUGACUCUCUGGCCUUCCUUUUACACACACCAUACAUGCUAACAAGUGUUUUGGCCUUCCUUUUACACACACCAUACAUGCUAACUAGUGUACUUAUUUUUAGUCGACUUUUUACCUUUGAUUUCCCAACCUUGAAUAAUCGCUCAGUGAGUUUUGGUUUGGGAGGGAAAGACGGUGCUUCAGUGCUUACCGUCUUUAAAAUAGGGAUUAAGAAAUUAGAUUUUUUAAAAUCUAAAGAUUUUAAGAUGACAUUUGAGAACUAUGCUAAUUUCCCUUUCUUUGUAAGGGAAAUAGGAAAUGGAGACUUUAAGGAGGUUUAUGGAGGAAGCGGCAGGGUUCAGGUGUUUGGAAGGUCCAUGACCAGUUCUGCUUCUUUGGAAGGAUUUCCCUCCUAAAGUGUUAUUGUCUCAUCAGAAUGGGAUGAGUCUAAUUAUUCCUUGCUCAGAAUCCUAAUCUCAUUAGCUCUCGCUUUGUGAUUUUUUCCCCCCUCUGAAUGAAGUUUUUAGAAAUAACAUGUGUUUCAUAUUUUGCCCUAUAACCUCGUCAAUCAUGUCAUGAGGCGAGAGCCUUUCCCCCAGUUUUGGAGAUUUUUCUUCUGUGGUGAUGAUGGCACAUGGCUGGUGAAAACUGCUGAGUCUGAGCUUGUAUGUCUGACCUAAAUCAUGUGGGAAUCCUAAGUUUUAAUUUUUGAACCCCUGAGGUUUUUUUCCCCAUGUGAUCUACACAUGCUAAAAAGUUACAUGUGACAGAAUAUUUGAACAUAGGGAAGAGAGAAACCGAAGUUAGAAUUUAUUCUUUGGGGGAAUUCAAGUUAUUCACGUUUGCUAACUAGAUGAAAAAGACAAACAGCAUGACUAUGCCUUUUAAAUCUUACUUUGGAGUUUUGUUUGCACAUAAUUACUGUGAGCUCUUCUUAAAGAUUUCUUUUCCAUAAGAAAACAUAUCACGUACCGUCUCGUACACGUCACGUGCUGUCUCGUACACGUCAAUACCGUCUCAUACGUGUAACACAUUGUCUCUGCCACACUUGGGAUGAUUUAGUGCUGUGCAUUUAUCAUAGACUUUCAAGGACAAACAGACAGUAUAAAAACCAUCAAAUUCUCGUACACCCAAGUAGCACUCUCCUUUGAUCAGAUUGGAAUGACACGACUUGCCAUCUCAGACAGGUCUGCCUCUUGUAUCUUCUUCACGUAUCACCCACGGGCACCAGGAAGAGGAGUCUAGGUCAAUGGAUUAUAACACUUAUUUCAUUUUCUGUGUGAACUGUGAGUGCUUGUAUCCAUCCUUCGUAUAGACAGAUUAGAAUGCGUGUUGCGUUUUCUGUGUGAACUGCGAGUGCUCGUGUCUCUCCUCUGUGUAUCGGUAGCUUUCCUGUUUUUGUUUUCUUAGUGCUGUAUUGUGGUGCUUAACUUUUCUUCUUAUUAAAUCCCAUUUACAGAAACCUCUCUUGGAGUUCAGAAAGGAAUUUGAUUGUUCAUUUCCUUUUUCUUUCUCUUAAAAAUAUUCCAGCCCUCACUACCAGAAUUUCUGUGAACAGAAUUAUGCCGGUUUUGUUAAAUCUUCAGUUAUCUGAGUUGUCAAAACAUGAAAGAUGUAACUUUCACAUUGAAAGACAUUCAGAUUUUCAGUAAAAAAAAAUCGAAUCAUAUUUAAUCAGUAAAAUGUGUUGAAUCAUUAAAAUACUUAGUUUUCAAAAGCAGACAAACAAAAUCCAGAGGCGUCGUUUCCUCAAGCUCUCGCUCCGACCUCACGUGGUCCUCUGCACAGUGUGGUUUCUGAAGAUGGCUGCCUUUAAAUCAGUGACUCCGUGAGAGCCUUGCGUAGUGUUUUCACCACAGAGAACCGGCAUCAGCUGAAACUGGACCGCCCUGUCUCCUAGCGGCUGCUCUGUCAGCACCGCAGCUCCGGCGAACUGUCUCGUGAGCUGUAGGACUGUUCGUUCAGAAUCUGUGUUGUUCCUGUAUUAUAACUUACUGACUUGUCGAUGCAUGUAAACUGGGUGCAUUUUGUUGCCUCUGUAUGUUAAAUAGUGACCAAUGUUUUUACGAAAGAAUUGAACAAAAAAUAUCUUUUAAGACA